GUCCACCCAUUUUUGUCGUGUGAUAAACCCCUCUCUCUUAUCGAAGAAGCUGAGCGCAAAGCAGCAGAAAAUGGGUUUUGUGAUGCAAUGCUCAAGCUAUGGCACUUGUAUUUCUAUUUGUAUCUCUCAUCGUUUCCCCCAAACCUCUCUAUCUUUUCACGUUCCAGCUCACCACUGGAACCGAUUCAAGAGUGCACGAAGGAAUCAGAGGAUGAUGGUUCUUUGUAGCGUGGACGACCGAAGCUACAACCUAGAUUCCCCGAGGAAAAUAAAAAUUGUGGAACACGUUUGUCUCCUCAAAGCAAAGCAUGAUUUAUCUGAAGAGGAAGAGAACGACAUGCUUGGUUAUUUGUACACAACGCAGUACCAAAUGGGCGGUGUUGUUGCAAUUUCAUUAGGGCGCAUUUCUUCUCCAAAUCCUGAGCGCUACACGCAUGCUCUCUUUAUGCGGUUUCAGAAGAAGGAAAAUCUUGAAAAGUUUUACGAGAAUCCCUUUUACAUGAAGGUUCUCAAGGACUAUGUAAUGACUUACUGCCAUGGAUUGACUAAUGUGGAUUAUGAAUCGGAAGUGGCAGAUGAAAUGCUUUCUAUAUUUCGCAAAGGAGAGGAGUUUAACCAUGGAGUGGAGUUUGUGCUUCUGAUAUCAUUUAAUGAGGAUGCACUGGGUAACCAAGCAGAGCAUGCAUUAGCCUCUCUGGCAUCGAUGAUGUUGGAAUCUCCUUCCUUGAUAGUCCAAUUUACACAUGGUUUGAAUUUGAGUCCAAGCUCUAAGGAAUAUACUCAUGGAGUUGUGAUUCGAUUUCGAUCCGUUGAGGCAUUUGAGAUAUUUAUAAACAGCAAAGAGUACAAAAAUGUAUGGCAUUCUAAGUUCCAGCCUAUUGUCCACAAAUCUUUUUCUCUUCAUUUCUCUGUUGAUCCAGUGGGAACUGAAAUUAUGUAGCAAGGAUGGUUUAUGGUUUUCAAGAAGAGAUGCGGCUUGGUUUCCACUUUUUAGAAAAAAGAACGGAGGUUAUUUCCUGCUUUUUUAUUUUCACUUACAUGUUCUUUUGCCAUGAAUUAUUAAUAUAAGUGUCCACUUGUUUUGGUGACAUUCUGAAACUUGAUUGUCUCGGGGUUUUUUUUGGUAUAUUGUAAUUGUAUACAUGUAAAGUUGUAUAUGUUUGCCUGCACCUGCUAUCUGUAAUUCUGUAUAUUGAUUUGGUUAAAUAUUGCUAUGUUUAUGUCAAAAUUGGGCCUACAAGGUUCUAUUCUUUUUCCUUAAAAAUUGUUGCAUAAUUGUAAUUCUGAUUUUAUGGACAUAUGCUAAACUAAUAGUUAUCAGAUCAACCACUACAAGUCCAACUAAGUCCAACUACGUGGUGCAAUCCAUGUAGCCAGUCACACCUAGUGAGUUAAGGCUUUCAUUGUUGACAAAUAUUGAGUCAGUAUUCAUAUAUGUCUACUGUUUACCUUCAUUGCUAGCAUUUCCCACCAUAGAGUAUCAUCUAUCUUGUAGCUGUUUAAAAACACUGUUUGACCAUCUGAAUUGAGUAUCAACACACACAAAAAUACUGACUUCAAUAUUUUUAGUAAACUGUAUAAGAGCAUAAAUUCUGCUCCAUGUUUCCUGUCACUAAUGGCAUAAUUAAGCCAACUUUCAUCAGUAAUGUGCAAACAUACUUUAGUUUGACUUGUUUUGAGGACCCUUAGUUCUUUUACAAGCACUAUCUUUUAUUUGUUGACUAAAUAAUUAAAUAUACUAUUAUUGCUUUUUUACAUAUAGGCCACUCACCCAUGUUUUAACCUUGUCAAAGUCUUGCAAGCUUAUUACCUAGAUUGUUUUUAAUAUCAUUUAAAAGGCAAUUGAAUGAAAGAAAAAUAGUCACAUUUAGUCACCAUUUUUUUUACAGCCACCUUAUUAUGUUCAUGUUCCUUUCUUCCCUUGUUCAUAUUUUAAUCAGAAGUUCCUGUUUUGCAUACUUUUCCCUAGAAAUUAUUCAGAUACCCAACCAGAGAAUUACACAGGUCAGAGACUCUUAAAAAUAAUUUAUGUUUGGCAAUGGUCAAGAUCAAACUUCAUUUUUUGGGUAAAGUCUACAUAUUUCAUUAUUUUUCCAUUGAAUCAAAUUACAAUUCUAUCUUAUGAAGACUAGACUAUGAUUCUCCCAAACUGUAUUACUCUACAUCUUUAAUGGAAAACUAAAAUAUUUUACACUAAAAGCCUGCAAAAACUUGUAUAACACGAUAGGCAGCAGAUUGCUAGAUAGUUGAUCAGUUAUGAAGCGGGUUUGGACCCCCUGGAACAUCUCGUAGAGAAACUCCAUAAAUUGGGUGGACCUCCUCUGUGCUGGGUACCUGUUGUGUCUUGGUAUAGAAAUGCCAUGAGAUUGAGGACUGCUGAGAAGAGCUGCUAUUUUCUUUUUGCUUAAUUUCUUUACUCAUCCAUCUGCCGGCCUUGCAGCAACUUGAGAGCUGGCCAAUCAUCAGCGUAAUGAUUAAGAUCAGAAGUGAGAGCCUUGAAUAUUGAACUGUCAUCACUGCAGUCUUGUGAGUUGGGAGUGACUUAAAAUUCCAAAACACAGUAGUAAAGAGAAGGGUCUGAUUAUAGUUUACUCCCUUAUGCAGGACGGUUUAUUGUCCCUUUAUAUGAGGUCAGGGAAGCUGUAGAGAAGAUAGAGCCAAAACCAAAUUAAUUUUAAUGAAAUGGCCAAACUGCCCAUUGAUAUAAAUGGAUUUGCUGUGGACCAUUGUCCAAACUAGUUGACAAAACAGAAUAUGGAUUAUGCAAUUGUGCUUGUUUUGGCACAGUUGUUAGCGUUCACAUAUUUUGAUUCAGGUCAUCUUGUUGGAAUUAUUUCACUCUGAUGAUUCAGAUAGCUUUGAGAAUAGCUGGGAGUUUACAAUUUAGGUACUGCUGCAGUAAACUUGAGCUUCUGAUGAAUGAAAAACUGAGCUAUUAAAUUAUGUUGUCCAAGAAAGCAAGAGUCCUCUUUGGUCCUUUUACUCUGGUGGAGUGCCAACUAAAAAUACUGCUUAAAAAAAGGAUGAGGCCGUUGACUUUUCUAUCAAUUGGGUCUCAUAUGCCGCUCGUUAGAGUUUUGAUAAUUGAAUUGUGUGAUAAUAAUUGUGAAGACUUGAGCGUGCUUUCAUAUACACUGUGUCCCCGGAUUAGAAUGACAGCUAGUGCUGGUGCCUAUUUUCCGAUUCAAAUUUUGUCUUUCCUCAUGUGCCCUGGCCUCUAAUCUGUUAUUAGUGAUAAUCAGAUGCGAUGCUGAAGUAUUUCCCAAUUUCGAUAGGUUUCCUUAGUUACCUCGUUCAGUCAACGCCAAAAUCAUCGUAUAGUAUUGAUGCCAAAGCAGCUGUAUGGUUGCUCUUGCUCUUCAAAGUCACUUCAUAGCCUUAAUUAUAAACAACUGUUGAAGAAUGGGGUCCCUGACAAGGAAUCAAAAGAGAAUGAAAUAAUUCAUUAUCUCAUUUUUUUUA